AUGGUGUCAGGGGCAACAGCAGUGCGCCUCCGCGCGGCACUGCUUCAGCAACGCGGUCUCAGCCUUGCAUCAACAACAGCGCCUCCACCGCCGCCGGCUGUGCUUAACUUCCCGCCCCGAGAUCCCAGGAUUGGCGCCUCGAUUAGCUUCCGGUCGAACACAGUUGCAUCGGCGUCCCAAUGCCAGCCAUUUGCGACCGUCGUUCCCCAGCCACCCACGUCGCCAACGAUAUCAUCGGCUCAGCGCUAUCCUUUGAGCUCGCGUCACUGGUCCGAAACAAGAUGGCAAUCUCCUUUCGGCUGCCUCCGCCAGCUCUCGACGACUCGGCCGUUGCGGCGGGAGGCUGAGGAGGCUAGCAAGGACCCUGCUAGGAUAAAAACUGAGGAAGAGCAGCAAGGUAUACAGAGGGAGCUCGACCACCUCGAAGCCCAUGGCUUCCAGAGAAGUGCAAAGGCAGCCAAAGCCGCACAUGUCAAUAUGAGUGCCCGGUUGUCCAAGGAAGGGAAGGGCCAGGAGGGCAAGCCUGGGCUCUCUGAGACUUGGCGUCUGAUCAAGAUCGCGCGCCCUGAGCUGCGAUGGCUAGGGGUAGCCUUCGUCUUGCUACUGAUAUCGUCAACGGUUACCAUGUCGAUCCCCUUUUCAGUUGGGCGGAUCCUAGACCUCUCGACGAAGGACCCGGCCGAAGACGCCACGUUAUUUGGCCUAACCAUGAACCAGUUCUUCACGGGUCUUGCGGUCGUACUCAGCAUCGGCGCGAUGGCUAACUUUGGGAGGAUCAUACUUCUACGAAUCGUCGGCGAACGCGUCGUGGCUCGGUUGCGAACUCAACUCUACCGCAGGACUUAUGUGCAGGACGCCGAGUUCUUCGACGCGAACAGAGUUGGCGACCUCAUUUCGCGACUAAACUCGGACACCGUCAUUGUCGGCAAGAGUAUCACGCAAAAUGUCUCAGACGGCCUCCGAUCGCUUGUUAGCGGCGCGGCUGGAUUCGUUGCCAUGGCAUGGCUUAGUCCUAAGUUGACGUCCAUAAUACUCGUCAUGUUUCCGCCUAUCGCACUAGGUGCAUUUGUGUACGGCCGCACCGUCAGGAACUUGAGCCGGCAAAUCCAGAAGAACGUGGGAACCUUGAUGAAGAUUGCCGAGGAGCGGCUUGGCAACAUCAAGACGAGCCAGGCUUUUGCUGCCGAAGUCCAGGAGAUUGGCCGUUAUAACAAGCAAGUGAAAAAGAUCUUCUCCCUAGGGACAAAAGAUGCCGUCAUCUCAGGAACCUUCUUUGCGUCGACGAGCUGGGCUGGCAAUAUGACCAUCCUGGCUAUGCUCAUCGUGGGAGGGAAUCUAGUCCGGACGGGUAUCAUGACAUUGGGCGAUCUAACAUCAUUCAUGAUGUACACUGUCUUUGCGGGAUCCAGUCUAUUCGGUGUGAGCGGAUUCUACUCGGAGCUCAUGAAAGGUGUCGGUGCCGCGAGCCGCCUCUUUGAGCUCCAGGACCGGAAACCGGCGAUCCCUUCGACGGUGGGGCUCAAAGUGGUCUCUGCACAGGGUGCUAUCAAAUUCUCCAACGUCACGUUUGCUUAUCCCACAAGACCUGCAGUGGCAAUAUUUAACAACCUCGACUUUGAAAUACCGUCUGGAAGCAAUGUCUGCAUCGUCGGGCCUUCAGGCGGCGGAAAGUCAACAGUCGCCUCGCUGCUUCUGCGGUUCUACAACCCCACGAGCGGCUCCAUCACCAUCAACGGAGUGGAUAUUUCCAAGAUGAACGGCAAGUCACUCCGGCGGCGCAUUGGCAUGGUUUCUCAGGAGCCGGUGCUGUUCUCAGGCACAGUCGCAGAGAAUAUUUCUUACGGAAAACCCCUUGCUACCCGCACCGAAAUCAUCGCGGCAGCGAAGAAAGCGAACUGUGGAUUUAUUAGCGACUUUCCGGACGGUCUAGAAACCCAGGUCGGCGCAAGAGGGGCCCAGCUCUCCGGUGGCCAAAAGCAGCGCAUAGCCAUCGCCCGGGCACUUCUGAAAGAUCCCGAUAUUCUACUGCUUGACGAAGCCACAUCGGCCCUUGAUGCGGAGUCGGAAACUUUGGUGAACGCAGCGCUCGGCGAGUUGCUGAAGGGACGAAGCACCACAAUAUCGAUUGCCCACAGGUUGUCGACGAUCAAGCGGUCUGACACCAUCAUCGUCCUCUCGGGCGAAGGCACCGUAGCUGAAAUCGGCAGCUACACGGAUCUUAGCACGAACACGGACAGUGCAUUCAGCAAGUUGAUGGAAUGGCAAAUGAGCGGCGUCGAUGUCCCACCCGAACUUCGCCCUCCUAGCACUCCUCACAUAACGGAAACUGAUGAGAUCGAAGAGGACCUGGAAAUGGACGACGACGACGAUGUUCCAGAGUCCGGCGAAGAGAAACGGUGA